GUCAACAAGCAGAGAAUUGUCAAUUGAAAUGUCAAAAGUGGUAAAAGUUUGGAGUGUAAUCUUCAUUUUUCGGGUUGCGUGAUACAAUUUUUGGGUUUUGGAAAAUUUACGUUCCAGAAUAUACAGGCUAUCUAUUAAAAAGUGGAUUUCCAUAUAUAAAUGACUCUUUCAUAAUAUGCAUUAAGUAUAUCUUCAAUUUUGUUUUGCGUAAGGUGCUAUUAAUUAUUUUUAAAUGCUGGAUUGAGUGCACCGUCACUCAUACCAACGCAAUUUUGCGUUUAAUGAUAGCAUCAGCGGAAGCAGGCUGAUUCAUAUUUCAGGACACCAGUGGUUAGCCCAGCGAAAAUAGCUGCUAAAGGAAAUUUGGUAUAGAAAUAUUCCUUUCAAUUCAAAUAUUCCUUAACAUCAAUACUAAGCAUCAUGUAUCAGAGCGCCUGCAAUGUCGCUACGACUGGCUCGUGCGCACCCGGUACUGAAAAUGACCGCGAAGCAGAGCGUCAGGCUGCGCUAAUGGCACAACAACCGCCCACUGCGCCCGUGGAGCCCGACUACAGUGGUUUUGAUAUUGUCAAAGCGACGCAAUAUGGAGCUAUAGCGCGUGUGCGCGAACUCAUUGAAUCAGGUUGGGAUGUUAAUCAGCCUGAUAGUGAGACAGUAACACUGCUCCAUUGGGCAGCUAUCAAUAAUAGACGCGACAUAAUACGUUAUUUCCUGGAGAAAGGCGCCAUUGUGGAUGCAAUAGGAGGCGAAUUGAAUGCUACACCUUUGCAUUGGGCCACACGUCAAGGACAUCUUGCCUCUGUUGUCUUGCUUAUGAAUGCUGGAGCUGACCCGCGAAUACGAGAUGCUGAGGGGUGUUCCUGCAUACAUAUUGCAGCUCAGUUUGCGCACACGGCAUUAGUUGCAUACUUUAUAGCAAAAGGUGUGGAUCCAGAUUUGCAGGAUCGUGGCGGAAUGACAGCGCUUAUGUGGGCGGCAUGGAAAGUUUGCGCACUAGAUCCUGUACGUUUAUUGCUCACACUUGGGGCUAAUCCCGCCAUGGUUGAUUACACACACGGCAAUACAGCGUUACACUGGGCAAUACUCGCCCGUAAUGCUACUGCCAUCUCUACGCUAGUACUCAAAUCACGCGCCUCCCUCGACGUUCCUAACCUGCGCGGCGAAACGCCCCUAUCGAUGCUGGAAACACAAGCGGGCGCCAUAUGGAUUGGAGCUAAAGUAUUAGAUCGCGUACGUGAGGCCUCACACAAAUCACAACCCCAACGGUCAGGAAUAUCGCGACUACGCCAUGAUAAGCGUCUACGUUGGUGGGCAAUGGUGGCAUGUCCAUUUACCGCCUUCUAUCUGGCAGGUGUAGUAUUUACACUGAAUACACUGUAUAUUAUUAAAUUCUUCCUGCUUGGCUGUCUCUACGCCAUUUUCCAUACGCUCGGAAAAGCGUUAUUCGAUGAACACUUGUUGGCGUUGCUCCCACUAAGCGUAUAUCUGGCUUCGAAGGCAUGGUUCUAUGUAACGUGGAUUGUUUAUAUCGUAGACGCGGUUUCUUUUGGCGAAACGGUGGUUUUUCUGUCUUGCUCCGCAGCGCUUUGGGUGUGCUUCAUCAAGUCUUGGAAGGGAGAUCCGGGCAUCAUACGACCAACGCAGGAACAACGAUUUAAAACGAUUAUCGAAUUAUCAGAACGUGGUGGCAUUGGUUUUGAGCCUUCUUCCUUCUGUUCAGGUUGUCUUGUACGGCGACCCAUACGUUCAAAACAUUGCAGCGUUUGUGAUCGCUGCGUUGCACGCUUCGAUCAUCACUGUCCUUGGGUUGGCAAUUGCAUUGGACUUAAAAAUCACGCUUAUUUCAUGGGUUUCCUCUGGAUGUUACUCAUAAUGUGCGGUUGGAUGUUAUACGGCGGCGCCUGUUAUUAUAUAUAUCAAUGCAAUGUACAUUUAACUCUCGUACCGCUUGAGGAUUUUAAGAAAGCCAUCAGUGACAUAGCCAAUUGCAAUCCAUGGGUUGGCUGGGUUAUGGCUAAUGCAUUACUACAUCUCUCAUGGGUUGUGUUGCUGACAAUAUGCCAGACAUAUCAAGUCGUAUGCCUAGGAAUGACAACAAAUGAGCGCAUGAAUCGUGGACGGUAUCGACAUUUUCAAGCGAAAGGUGGACAAAGUCCUUUCACACGUGGGCCAAUCAACAAUUUCUUCGACUUCUUACAAUGCAGCUGUUUUGGUUUGGUACAACCACGUCGGAUCGAUUGGAUGAACUACUACGAUUUAGAUAUGCAGGUGGGACGUACAACUGUGGAACAAGAGCCAUUAUUGCGUGGUAAUGCUGAUGGUGAAGGUGGUGGCACAGAGCUAGCACACUAUCAGUAUGUGUAGGAUAAGUCGAAUCGGGAUGCGGAGACACGCAAUGCACCCAUAGCAAAUGUGUAGGCAAAAACGGCUGGGCUGGAAAGUAUACAAUCAAUGGCAUUUUUUUUAAGUGCAUUAUUUAAAAGGAAGUAGUCAAGUAAAUGAAUAGUAUGACUAAGUGCCUCUUUUACAGUGGGGGGUUAACUCAAAUUCGGCUGUUAACCGUCAAUUUUUGUACUAAAAACAUGUAGUUAACAGCCGAAUGAGAGUUAACUCGUCACUGUAAAAACGGCCCUAAGUGGUUUAGUCGUGAUGACGCUUCUAAAGUAUGUACGUUGUUACAAGGCCAACCCUUAGUCUUGAAUAAUUGACAGUAAUAAGCCACAAAAAGCAUUUGCUAAACGCAUUAACCUUUCGCUGUAUUAUAUGUAAACCUAGUUAUUAUAAUUUAUAAGAUUAAUUACGCUUAGGUGGAAAAUACGUGAACAAAUUUUGAAUAAAUUUGACUACGAUGUGCAUCAUAAGUACGUAGUUGUAUUUGUAUUGUAUUUAUUUUACCACAACUGUAAUUAUUAGUGCUUAAACUUUUUUAUUCAUAUUGAUUGCCAAUCUUAAAAGCUUUAGAUAACAAGGCUAUUUCUUUAAUUUCUGCGCAUACAUGUACAUGCAUAAUAGUGAGCUUUUUAAGUUAAGGUUAGACCGUUUUAUUAUUUCCGACAUAAUGAAUAUACUGUCUAACAUGUGAACUCAGUUAAAAAUUUAGCGAACAUUUAUUAUAGCAAGAUCAGAACGACGUUUGCAUAGAUAUUUAUGCAUGGAAAAGUGUAAUGCAUUUGCAGUUUGGGUAGCCGUCUGUGUGGUCAAAGUAAACCGAUUCAUGUUAGCACAAAGAUAUUGUGUGCGUUGUAGGAAAAAUGCAUUGGGAAUGACAUUAGAAAUAUAGUAAAUUAUUUGUUAAGCAAAUACAUAUGUAUAUAUGUAUUUUUUUUUUCUAAAACUUCUUGGUGUCAUACGUGCUAAUUAAAUAUAGUACAUACAUAAAUACAAAGAUAUUAAUAAAGUUUAAAGUGUUGUUUGCCGUUGGAAAAUGUGGUUUAAAACAGAGGCUUAGUUGCACAGUUUGCAAUAAAAGUUUAAUUCCUUUUUUAUUGGAUGGAGACCAUAAUGAUGCGAGGUUCUACCAGAUGUUUUGACUUUUCUUAAACUUAAAUCUUUCUGUGUAAACCAAUUUUUAAAAAGUGUGCAAAUUCAAAAUUGUUUCUAAUUUAUAGUUGCAUUUAAAUAACAAUACAUUUUGCUAUAUACUGUACCUAACUUAAAAUACUCAUCA